AUGGCACGCCUGUCAGCCAAUGUGGCACCAAGAGGAGUAGCCACACAGUCUGGAGAACCAGAUUCUGCAGCAACUGCUCCACAAAUGGCCAUUGAUGAAGACACUGGGAAGGAUCCACAAAGCACCUGUGCUUCAGUUCCACUGCAAGACAACCCCUGGUGGCAACUGGACCUGAGGACUAUCUACAAAAUAACAGCUGUGUCUGUCACCAGCAUCAGCGCCUGCUGCUCAGAGGAGCUGGACGGUGCUGAGAUCCGCAUCGGUCUCAAGAAUGACACCAGCAACCAGAGGUGUGCCAUCAUCUCCAUUGCAACGGGACAGAGCAAAUACAACUACCAGUGUGGAAUAAUGGAAGGUCGCUUUGUCCAUGUUGUUCUUCCUGGACUACAGAAGAAUUUGACAGUUUGUGAAGUACAGGUGUAUGGGACUGUGCUUGAAAAUGUGGCUUUGAGAGGAGUGGCUUAUCAGUCUUCCCUAAGGUGGAAAACCACAGGUCAAGCAAGCAACGUUAUUGAUGGCCGUCAGUUUUCAACUUGCAGUGUAACUGAAGACAUACCUGGUCAGUGGGUACAAGUGGAUCUAUUGGCUCCCUACAAUGUGACUGUGAUACAGCUUGCCUUCAGUGAGGACUGCUGCUAUGGUGAUAUGGUCCAAGUGGAUGGCAAAAGCUGCAGGGUCAUCUCCAGUUCACAAUCUCUGGUGACUGUGGAUUGUGGUGGAAUUGUGGGUCGGUAUGUGACUGUGAACCAUCCUGAUAUACCACUGUCUCUGUGUGAGGUGGAGGUCUACAGCACUUUGAAGAAUCCUUACAACAUAGCCCCUCAGCAGCCGCCGGCCCAUGAUUACUGCUUCUUCGAUUCCUGUAGCCGUGACUACGUUCUCAUUUACAGUGAACCUAUAACAUGGUUUGAAGCCCAGACCUACUGCAGAGAUAUGUACACUGAUCUGGCCACCAUCAGCAACGUUCAGGACAUGAAUAGAGUCAUAGACAAAAUGGAGAAUGACUUCCACGAUUUUUGGAUUGGGCUGUAUGAAGAUGUCUUAACCUGGAAGUGGUCUUUGUCAGAUGAGGGUUACUAUGGAGAUGGUGAAGAUGAGUUCAGGAAUUGGGAUGUCGGUGAGCCCAGCAAGACCGCCAUCCAGCACUGUGCUUGCAUACAACAAACGGGUGAAUGGAAAGACCUGGACUGUGACAUACCUAAUUACUUCUUAUGCUUUGAUGGCAGAGAUGGGGCACCAGCAACAAAGAUUCUCGUGGAAACACCUAUGAUGUGGGCCGAUGCACAGCUCUACUGCAGGGAGUACCACACAGACCUGCUCAGUGUGAGGAACCAGGCUGAGAACCAGGAAAUCCAGAUCAUGGUGCCGGCAGGAAAGCUGGCAUGGAUCGGCCUGUUUGGAGACUCCUGGAAGUGGUCUGAUGGGAGUAUCUCCACAUUCAGAUACCAGGGUCUGAAACCCCCAACAAACGUAGGAGAGGGUCCGAACUGUGCUUACAUUGACAGAAAAUGGAGCGUAAGAUCCUGCAACACCAAAUCUAUGUUUCUUUGCCAAUACUUUAAGAAGAGAUCUGUCGUGAAGAUCAGCACUGACUUUGACAUGAGUGACCCGGUCAUCCAACAACAAAUCUUAAAGCAGCUGGAGGCAAAGAUGAAAAGCAAGGGGAUCAGUGACUUCAAAAUCCGCUGGAAGACGUCAGGACGAGUUUCACGCAAGACUGAAGACAACACACAAAUCCAGUUUGGACCAAAUAAGUACACAGAAGUCAAAACAAAGGAGGUGUGUGACACCGGAGGGAGCUGAAUCAAGAGUCCUGCCACUCUGACUGGGCUGAAGCUGAACAAUGUGGACCAGUGGACUGUGUGUACUGGAUGGUAAAAACAGGAAAGCUGAUAAAGAUGAAAAUGUAUUUGUAAACAAACGCUUUGUUUUUACCCCCUUCUUUUUAAUUUACUCACUGUAACUGUAUACAAGGUUUCUUUUAAAGUAACUCUGGCUGUGUGCUAACAUUUCAUUUUUAACUGAGCCACAUUAAUCUUACUCAGUCAAUUAUGACUAAAUUAAGGAAGGUUGAAGCUGUCAUUUUUUGCAUUCAAAGAAAUUGUGUGAGAAAACAAAUCUUUCUGCUAAAGGUCCACUAUGGAAGCAGCAGCUGAUGCACAUAAAAAUGAAUACUUUGACAUUAUGGAAAACAGGCUAAUUUACUUCUUGCUGAGAGUCAGAUAAUAUGAUUCUUUCACUCUCCUGUUUGUACAAUAAUUAAGAAGCUGUAGCCAGUAGCCAGUUAGCUUAGCUCUGUCCGGUAACGCACAGCAUUUUUAUGACUAUUUGACUUAGGAAAUAUUUCUGAAAAGAUGCAUUUUAAGGUUUAAAAUAUUUAUCGGUUUGCUUAUGAAAAUGUUUAUAAUACUGAGUGUAAAUAAAAAUGAAACCACAAAAUGUACACACAACAAUUAUAUAAUUGUUUGCUGUGUCUCAUCUCAUUUCUUAGGACAAAUUGCUUGUAUUAUUAUUAUUAUUAGUAGUUUUAAACCACUGUGUGUGAUACCAGUUUUUGUUCAACUUGUCUAUGUUUUACAUUGAUUGCUGUA